GGGGUCUGGGCUACAUCGAGAGGCUGUUGGACCGUUAAAAACAGUUUACUCGCUUUCUGAGUUGACGAAUCGAUGAAUAUCCAUCUGAAAUUGAGUUGAAAAGGCUGUCCAGUUACACCAGAGGGUGCCCUCUGUCCGUGUCUUGCCUCUCAGGAUGUCUAGCCUGCUGUUGCUGUAGGGAAAAGGACCACCACAUUAAGCUUGAUAGGCACUGACCUGCCAGCUGAUCGCCAUGCCUCGCUCAAGUUUUAGUCCCAAGCCUAAGUGUAGCCCAAUCUGGCUCAUCUGUAUCCUUCUGGGCCUCUCUGCUGUGCACACGCAUGGCAAAGAUGUACCCACUGUGCCCCAGCAGGUGAGCCUGUCUCCCAACUUAGAGACACAGCAGCUGACUUUGUCCUGGCUGGGAGGAGAAAGCACAACAUUUGACAUCAUGAUCCUAAGAACUGAACUCAAUGAAACUGUCUUCUACGAGACGGUGUCAGUGACAGCAGACAAGAUCAGCGGUCAACACCAGUGGAACUGGACCUCAGUCGAACCUCUGGAGUGUACCUCGCUGUCAGUCCAGAUCCGCUCUCGAGAUGGACAGACAACAAGUGACUGGAGUGACACUCACAUACUGCCAGGAAUGGAUCUCCCCAGCAACAAGGAUUCCCAGAUGUUCCCGCAGGACAGAGUUGUAUCUGUGGGAACCAACACCACUUUCUGCUGUAUAGUGGAAGAGGGCUUGGGCUUCGGCAGCAUUCGCUAUAGAGAUCUAGUCAUGAAUGUGACGCGACUGAGUAGGCGGAGCUACGCCAUGACACAGAUCAAUCAGGGGCCUUCUGGCGUCACAGGAACCAAUGUCUUCUGCAGCAGUGACGAGAAGACACUUCUGAACGGAGCAGUGGUGUUUGUUGGAUAUCCUCCGCUGCCUAGUGAUUUGGUCUGUGAGACCCAUGACUUGGUAUCAGCUGUUUGUCAAUGGAACAGAGGACGAGACACACACCUCUAUGGGAAGAAACGAAAGACGUACUACACACUGAAUGGAAGGGACUGUACAGAGGCCAACCAGAACCAGAAGUGGUCAGCUUGUAGUCUGGCCCAAUGGGAUGGGAACUUUACCCUGGUAGCAAGGAACCUGCUGGGUCAGUACAGUCUGACUGAUUCCUCUGAACUCAGCCUCAGAGUGCGUCCUGUGGCACCUGCUAACCUGACUUCAGUCGUUCGAGCCUGGAACGCCACUUUGCUGUGGCAGUGGAAGCACAGAGGCUACGACUCACUGGCUCUCAUAUGCCAAGUAGAGCUCACCUCCCACUGGCAUACCACAACACGUACUUUCUCUGGUGUGGGUCUGCGGUCAGUCAUUGUUUUGGACCUGCGUCCUGAUGAGGACUACAGCAUUAAGGUUCGCUGUGGAGUCCAGCAGAACUUCUGGAAUUGGGGUGACUGGAGCGGCCCACUUGCCUUCAGAACAAGCAUUGACAUUCCUGAUGCUCCUGAUGUGUGGAUGUGGAUAGAGAGAGACAAUACUGGGCGGCUCAUGUGGAAGCCUCUGACGCACAGGGAGAGCCAUGGACAGAUCACAGGUUAUGAAGUGACACUCUGGAGCCCAGAUGAGAACAUACAGCACACAGAAACGCUUCCUCAGAGUAUCUGCACUGUGCCGAUCAAUCUUACACACAUCAGCACCACCGGCAGCAGCAGCAAUAAGGUCAUAGCUACAGUCAUAGCAAAGAAUGCAGCUGGGGUGUCACCGCCUGCCAGUAUAGUUAUGCCUCUGCGCUGGACAGACAUAGAUCCCCCUGCUGUGUCCAGGACAGCCUAUAUGGACGGAGGUUUCCCUCUGUCCUGGCAGAGUGAUGCUAAUGCCAGCUGUGGCUAUGUAGUGGAGUGGCAUGAUGCCUCCUGCCAGCAGGACUGUGCUGUGGAGUGGAUCAAGGUGGCUGCUGAAAACACUAACAUCUCUGCACAAUCAGAAAACUUCCAGCCAGGUGUAAGGUACACUCUGUCCCUCUACAGCUGCUCCUCAGAGGUUCCACAGCUGCUGCAGCGCUGGGAGGGAUACAUGGAGGAACUGGUGCCUUCCAGUUCUGUGCCCCACCUGUCAAGUAACCAGCAGGACUCUAACAUUAAGUUGAGCUGGGGAGAGAUCCCAUUGGUCAGCAGAAGGGGAUUCCUCUUGGGCUAUCACAUUUACCUCAAUAAUGGCUCCCAGCUCAUGCUCCUUGCCAACGUGUCAGACCCCACAAGCAGGAGUUACACAGUGAAGGGUCUCCCAGUGGGUUCCUAUAAGUUCACUGUCAAGGCUUAUACCUCAGCAGGCGAGGACACAGGGGCCACUGUCUCUAUAAGCCUGGAGUCAUACACUGAUUGGCUAAUCCUGGAAAUGUUGGCAUCUCUGGGAACAAUGACAUGUUUCCUGGUCCUUGUAACCUUCAUUUGCUACAAAAAGCGGAAAUGGGUGAAGAAGGCUUUCUAUCCAGACAUACCUGAGCCUAAAUUGGCUGGUGAUUGGUCCAGGACACAGGGUCCAUUGGAUGUGAAGCCCUCUCCUCACAGCAUGGUUCAUAUUGUAGAGGAGCCUGAGUGGGAUUCCAGUAAAGAAGCGCUCGUCGUUAUCCCAGAGGAAGAUGAGGAUGAAGACGAGACAGGAGACGAGCCGGUUGACACAGAUGAGCCCACGUCACUGCGCUACUACAACCAAGUGAUAGAUGACCGACCCAUAAGACCACGUUUCCCAGACUCCUCUGCUUCCUCUGCAUCUUCUUUAGACUCGGCACGCACUGAUGUGACUUACACAGGGAUCCAGACCUCAGGGAAUUCCUUGGGUUUCCAGCUCCAGCCCCAGGGCUCCUCAGAGGGCCAACAGCCUCAGAUUGAUGUGCCUGCCAGCUGUGUGGAUGGGGGAGGAGGUUACCGGCCCCAGAUGCAGCCUGGAUCCCUAAGCCAAGACAUGGGCCUACCUGCCCCCCAGGCGUUCUCAGAGCCUCAGCCUACCAAAGGAGCCUCAUUUGGUGGCUACCAGCCACAGUGCUCCUGGCAUUUGGACUCCCCUGUGGAGGCUGAGGAAAGUGGAGGCCUGGCACCCUCUCUGGGCUCCCCCACUUCUGUCGCUUCCACUCAGUUCCUCCUCCCUGAUAGUGGGUCAAAAGAACAGCCAGAGGGCAAAGGUCAAGGGUCGUCAUCAGCAACAACCUGGUUCCACAAUCUUUUGUCAUCUGCAAAACCCUGAUAUUGUCGUCUCACUACUAGUGAGUCCAUGGAGUUGCGUUCAUUGAGGUGAAACCUUCAUAAAUCAUUUCAAAUUGAACAUUCAGUUACCUGUUGUCACUGUCAUGCAUGAAAAAAUCCAGCCCAUAUGGUUUUUUUGAGGCAGGAAGACAAUUUAAUGGCAACUAAACCCUAAACCUAAAUUUCUGUGAGGCCUGACUUCUUAUUAUGAAAAGAACAGUGCCUGGUCCAUAGUGUCAGGUGAUGUCACCACUUGGUGUUCUCCAUGGAUGGUGAUAGCAACUGCCACCAUCAGCUGGGUGUGGGGUUUAGUUACUCCUCAGUUAAACAGGUACAGUACAUUCAAAUGACUAUGCUUUGACAAACCAGCAGUUUUAAAGGGGCAUGAAACACAGGUGGAGCAUCUAGCUUUUGCUGGCAUCUAGUGGUUGAAAAUUUGUCCUUGCCGCAGGGAUGUAGUUGUAUCUCAUUUGACUUAUCUACAUUACUGGUGUGGUCAAAAGUGCAGCACAGCUUACACUUUCAACCCAUAGAGGUCAGUGCAACUUUUUUCUGCCAUAACAAGAUUUAUGGUUUCAUCACCGUUUUAACAAUAUUAUCCAAGAUGUUUAUUCCCCACAUAUAGAAAUAAACAUCAAUCAUACAAACACCAGAUUACUGAGGCAACUGUCUCUUAUGCAAAAAUAAUAUAGAUUCUAUAUAUUUAUCAGUCAACAAAUGUCUAUUCUCUCAGCAAAUCUAUUCAACAGAUUUCUUUCUUGCCUGUUCCACCAUUCUGAACGUACCUCCUGGCUGCCUGAUAUCUGUCUAGUCCCUCACUGCCUUCCCUGUGACACUCAGUGACUCUACAGUGGGCAUUUAUCAAUGUCAUAUCCUGUGUUUGAAUAUAGUGCAUUCAUGUUUUAGGUAUCCAUUUCAACUUUUUUUUUUUUUUUUUGUGUGUGAUGUGAAAUCUCAUGAACACUAAAGAACCAAAAACUGAAAAUAAGAGCACUACAAACUAAAUGUCACGACACUAAAAACAAAAGAGUGCUUGGAAGGAGGGUGCACUCACUAUAUAGCACGAACUCUAAAAAAGCCACUCACUACAGCGAGGAUGUCUCCUGCUGGCCUGCUGUUGGGAUGACCUUGCAUUGUUGGGAUUGGACUGUGUUGUAAUGACAGCUGAUGGGUUACUGAAAGAAGGAAAGAUGAUGCAAUAUAUAGUAAUAAGGGACCAGGUACAUAAAGAUGGCACCUCACCUGGAUCAGUGUCAUUGAAUCAUUCCUAGUACACCCAGUAGUUUCCCCACCUCUUUUGUUGAAAGGGAGAGAGGGGAUGUUGGCUAAGUGACUUUCACAACAGCCCAUUGUCUUUACUUUUCUAUAUAUGUAAGGAAUAGGAAAAUGUAAUUACGUUGGACCAGAUGGCUGCCAUCUUUAUAGACCUGAUCCAUUUUACAAAGUUGACUGUUACUGAAGGUCGAGUUAGUUGUAAGGCAAUUGAAAGACAAGCUUAUGAAUUAUAAAUGGUCAUUAUUUUACACGCAUAUUGGAGUGGUGCUUCUUACUAUGGUAUGGGAUUGUGUGGAUGAUGAGCCCACAGGAUAUACACUGAUAUAAGCUAGAACAAAAUGUAAACCAGUAUCACUACAAGAAAAAAAACAACUCUUAUGUACCUUGUUGUUGUUUGUUUUUGUUAUUGUGUAUUCCUUGAGUAGGGGUGAUGGAAGGUUUCUUUGUUACAAUACCCCCAGCUGUUUUUUUUUUUUUGUUUUGUUUUGUUUUUGUUUUUGUUUUUUGUAAGAAAACAUUUCACAACAUUUCCUGUUUUUUUUUUUUUUUUUUUUUUUCAUUUUACAUGUUGUAACAACACCAGUAAUGUGCCAGGAAUAUCUCCGUUGAAUUGAUCAUUUUGUACAAUUGUAAAAGCCUUAUGAGGAAAAAAAAAACUCUUGUAUUGACCUGAUAAAUGUUAAUGCUUCCAGUCAUUUGCAUCAUAUCACCUUUCCCCACAUUGCUUUGUUCACAAAUGAUAUGUAAAAUUUAAAAAAAAAAAAAGUGACUUAAUUCACCUCAGAACUGAUGAGAAAUGCAUUGCAUGGGAAAAUGCUGGUUCCAUUGACACUGAGCAUACCGAAAUGUACUGAUGUUAGUAUUUAUUUAGUUAUAGCCAUCUGCUAAUUUUUCAAGUUUGGUUAUUGUGGUUUUAUAGUACUAGUUACUCCCUCAUACUAUAUCUGUGUCUGUGAAGAAGCCUGUUGAUGUUAGCAGACAAAGCAUUUGCGGUGGAGUUGUGUUUGGAAUUUUAUUUUGUUUUAUUUUUACACAUGCAUUUUUGAGGGAGAGCUAAGUUUAGACAUGAGUUUUACUUAUCUUGAAAAUGUGCCCUUUUCAUUUUCCUAAAGCCUUCCUAAAACAUUUUUUUUAUGAUAAAGGGGCUGAGGGUGAAGCACAUAGUGCCCCUGUGUUCCAAAAAAAUCCCCCAAAUUCCAUGUAACUGUUAGGCCUACUGGUUAUUUGUUGCGACAAUUUGUGGAAAUGACCCCUUGUGAGUAUGGGUCACUUGGCAGCGCAUUGGCAGCAGGAAGUCAGAUAUGGGAUACUAAUUGCCUGUAAGGAAAUCCCACAUGAUCUGCUUGCUCUCCACUGAAGUAUGUGUCAAGGGUGUGUACUCUUGGCUAAAUUUCCCAAAAGCAUCGUAAUGCCAUAUGCAAGUUACUUUUUUAUUAUUAUUAUUAUUGUUUUAGGUCAUUUUUACUGAUAACUUAGGAAACCAGGCCCUGGUUUGUCUCAGUGGCAGCCUAGGGCCUAUUGUUUCUCAGAGCCUCCAGCCAACAAGCUUUAAGUAAAACUACUGUGACGUGAAUGAUGUUUUAGAGUAACUAUAAUGGAUGGCUUCAGUGAUGAACUGAUAACUGGCAGUCCACUUUGACUACUAUGAAAGAUGUAUCCACACUGCUCUGUCCUGACUUUAAUUGCUGAUCUGAGUGAGAAGAAUUUGUUGAAAAAGUGUAAUGGAAAAUUGGCUUGCAUCAAUCAAAUCAAGUUAGACAAGAAUGGGGGAUUAGCGAUUGUGUCAGGGCAAUUAAGAGAGGAUAUUAUUUCAAGUGCUUAACUGUGGCUGCAAGAUUCUUUCCUUUGAAGUCUGCUUUUAUAAAACAAGCAGGGCUUUGGAGAAUAACCUAUGAAUGCUAUGUGUUAACACAUCCUUUUAUGUUGAUUUGGGUCAACAAAACAGCACCUUUAUUUUCUCUAAACCUUUGUUUUUUAUCUAACAAAUGUACAUAAACCUUUGUCCUUUUUUCUCUUCCCUCUCAGAGUAACUGUUAUACUCUUUAAAAUAGUAAAUUAUAUUCUCUAUACUACAUUGCAUUAUGGCUUGUGACUAACCAGCUUUUUAUGAGGGAGUAAAGGUAAGGAAUGCUAAUAUUGAUUCCAGAUGUAGUCCUAUGUUGUGUAGCGGCAUUCCUCUUCGAUCAUAUAUAAAUUUGUUGUGUCACUGCUUACACAGCUGGAAACUUUGAAAGUGUGUCUCAGAAAUCAUGUAAAAUAAAUUAGAAUUGUGAUAUUGUUUCCUCGGUCUCCCAUUGCACAGACUUAUAAUAGUUUAGCCUGCUUUGCAUUCGCCAUCUUAUAACAGCAGUGUAGCUUUGCCAGAAAUUCUAAGACUAAAUAUUUGUUGGGCCAGUGAUUACUUUCCGUUCAGACACUCUCAUGGAAACUGCAGAGAUGCACUUUCCUAUUCUAUCCUAUAGAAACCUCUGUUAAUACUAUAGAAAAUAAGGAGUGUGUGAUUUAAGCUGUAGGGUACACUGUCUGCUUUACAAAUCUGCCUUUCUUCUCUGGCCUUAAAUGCUUGUGUAAAAAUCUAUGCAUGUUGUACAAACUGUUACUAUGUUGGAAAUAGUGUCUCCUCAUACCAGUUAAAUCUGUUUUUAUGGCAUCCUGUUGCUUUGAAACCCGGAACAUUGACUAAUGUUGUGCAUGGCAACAUGAAUGAAAAAUCAUUGUGAAACUGAAAAUCCUGUCAUUACUGAAAAUGCUUUAAAAUCCACGCUAUUUUUUAUUUUAGUAGGGAUCGAAUGGAGAGACACUGAAGUGUUUCUGAUAAUAAUGCUUUACUGAGUGAACACAACAUAAAACGCUAACUGUAAAAAAAAAAAAAAAAAAGCACUGCUAACAAGCUGAAAUGCCACUUGUUGAAACGCAAUAAAGUUAUUUAAGUGUCC